CUUUGCUACGGGCAGUGCGGUCGGGAAACCGGAGCGGCUCGAGCCCGCUGCCAUCUUAGCCCGGCCGGAGGAAGAGUCGCCCGGCCCGGGCACGGCUGUGCUGCCGCGGUUGACUGUCAAGACUGGAUUUGAAUAUCAUGUGUUGGAUUGCAAAAUCUUUUGUCCGAGGGCUGAGCUUCAGUGUUAAAUACUAUCCUAAGGAUAACCAUCUUCCAGCACUAUGUCUUUGUAGUACAAUAACACCGAACAAAUGCCACAUCCUCGACUGGUCAAGAAGUUCAUGCAACAGCACUGUGCCACCUGGAAGAAUCCUGUCAUGGAGGUUAUUUUCCUGCAAGGAGGGGACAAAAAUCCAUUUUAAAAGGAAAAAAAUCACAUCCAUAACAGCAUCAGAGCUUUUGUACAAAGAUCUUCUGAAGUCAGAGCAGGAAAACUGGAAUAAAAUUUCAAGAAGUUAUAAAGCUAUGACAAAAAGAAUAAAGGAAAAAAUAGAAGAACUGCACAACAAGUAUACACUCCAUUUGGAAAGCCCAAGGAUAAGAUUUGGAGGAAACGUUUACUUUGAGGAGAAUGGUGACAUAUUUUGUUCAAAAGCAGAUGAUGAUAAAGGAAACGUUCGCAUUUUAUUCAGCACUGAAGAUAUGGGCUUUUCUGGUACCUUUAUUAAACGGAUCAGGGUUUCACCAGAUGAGAGGUACCUGGCUAUCAGCUUAAAAAGUGAAAAUUCUGAAGAGGCAACCUGUGUUAUUAUGAAACUCGGUGACGUUCCCAUCGUGGAAGAAAUAAUUCCAAAUGUUUUUAGUUUUGAAUGGGCUACAAAUGAUGUUCUGUAUUACACAAGUCAGAAGAACCUUAAAUGCCAGAAUGUGUUCAUGACCACUUUCACUAAUGAGAAAUAUACUAAGUUGGUUUACACAGAACAAGAUGCAAGAUUUUUUGUGGACAUACACUGCACAAAAGAUAGACGUUUCCUCACUAUCAAUAGCAACAGCAAGACAACCUCAGAAGUUUGGCUGAUUGACUGCAGACAUCCUUUUAAGUUACCUGUUCUUGUGCAAGCCCGAACAAAAGGGGUCAUUUAUCACAUUGAGCACAGAAACAAUGAGUUAUAUAUUCUUACUUCAUAUGGAGAACCUGCAGAAUAUAAGUUGAUGAAGGCUUCAGUAGCUUCCACUGGCAUGGAGAACUGGCAGUUAGUUUAUGCACUGGAAGAGAAAACCAAGCUAAUAGACUUGGAGAUGUUCCGUGAUCACUGUAUCAUGUUCCUGCAGAAAGGUGGCUGUCUGUACUUAAACGUGAUUGCUUUUGUUUCACAUUCAGUUCAAUCAAUACAGCUACCUACAUGGGCCUGUGCCUUUGAAUUGGAAUCUCAUCCUGAACACGCCAGCAGCAUUUGCUAUUUUCAGCUCACCUCCCCAGCACACCCCCCAAGGCGUUUUGCAUAUUCAUUUAAAGAAAAUAAUCUCAUUGAACAAGCUGCAGAAGAGGUACCAAUUAUUAUGAAUUGUCACACUACACGUUUACUAGCUAAAAGCAAGGAUGAAACUUUGGUGCCAAUUACAGUUUUUCAUAAUACGAAUUCUAAAGAGCUACACAGGAAGCCACUUCUAGUUCAUGUAUAUGGAGCUUAUGGCAUAGAUUUGAACAUGAGCUUUAGAGAAGAGAAGCUGAUGUUAAUUGAAGAGGGCUGGAUAUUAGCAUAUUGCCAUGUUAGGGGUGGAGGAGAGCUAGGCCUCAGGUGGCACAAAGAUGGAUGUCAGCAGAACAAACUCAAAGGUGUCCAUGACCUUAAGGCUUGCAUCAUGCUGCUGCAUGAACUAGGAUUUUCUCAGCCAAAAUAUACAGCACUAACAGCUGCCAGUGCUGGAGGAGUUCUCGCGGGAGCCAUUUGCAACAGCGAUCCAGAACUUAUCAGAGCCAUGGUUUUACAGGCACCUUUUGUAGAUGUUCUGAAUACAAUGAUGAAAACUCAUCUCCCACUGUCAAUUGAAGAACAAGAAGAAUGGGGAAAUCCGUUAGCAGAUGAAAAAUGUAUGAAGUACAUCAAAAACUACUGUCCUUAUCACAAUAUUAAGCCACAGUGCUAUCCUUCAGUUUUUAUCACAGCAUAUGAAAAUGAUCAACGAGUGCCACUAACAGGAAUUCUGCGGUAUGUUCAGAAACUUAGGAAGGCUACACUAGAUCACGCCAGCAGAACAGGAAAGGAAGGAAACUGGAUCCCUAAUAUCAUCUUAGACAUCCAGGCGAGUGGCAGUCAUUGUGACUCAUCUUGGGAGGAUUCACUGACUGAGAACGCAGCCAACCUCACACCCAUGCAAAAAGGCAAACACUACAGCCGACAACAUUUCCUCAGCGGCUCUCACAAGACCAAUGAAUCAUCCGACCUUUAAAGCUGCCUCUCACCCGGCAUUAAGAAAAUCUUCCCUUGACAAAGAGAGCAGACAUCAGGAGCGACGCUCCCCACAAACAAAUCUCUGACACAGCAUCCUUCACCCAGGGGUUCCCUGGCCACACGUGAGCCUUCUGCCAUCACUAUGCAGCCCAAAGUCCUGGAGAACAGAACAACCUAAUUGCACAGGACACCAUGCCAUGGUUUGGUGGUCUCUUCUUUUUUUUAAUGCUCUUAGUCUACUAAUGGACUACACGAUUAAAGGUUAAUAGCAUUAGAAUUGUUGUAAUUGCCUUCAGCCUGGCCCACACGAUGCUGUUGAGCUUUCUGAGGGAGGCACCCAGCCCCUGCCCUACGGGUGAUCAGCCUGGCUGCCUUCUCCCACUACUUCUAAUGAGAACAAUCACCCUCAAAUCCUGGCUCAUGGCACUGCAGCAUGCACAGCCAACUCUUUUUGGGGCCCUUCCCCUACUGAGGGUCAAACUACUGUCAAACACCCACAGAAAAUCUUAUUUUAAGGUGAACUUCGGUUUGAUGCCUCUCCAGUUGGCAACUCACCCAUUUCUGCAUUCUUCAGCACCUUUCACAUCUGUUCCAGGGGAUGUCAACUGUCAAGGAGUUUCAGAAGUUCCUGCUGACCCCACAGUGCUGGCCCUGAGCGACCUCAGCUGUCCUCACACAGCAGGGGCUGUGCUGCUUCUCAGCGCUGCCACUUCCCCACAUGAAGGUGAUGUGGUGAUAGAACAAGGGGAAAUGGCUUCAACUCUAAGAGGGUACAUUGAGGUUGGAUAUAAGGAGAAAGUCUUUUACAGUGAGGGUGGCGAGGCACUGGAACAGGUUGCUCAGAGAUCUGUUUGACGCCCCGUCCCUGGAGGCUUCAAGGCAAAGCUGGAUCCGGGCCUGGGCAACCUGAUCCAGUUGUGGUGUCCCUGUUCAUUGCAGGGGGCUGGGACUAGAUGGCUUUUAAAGGUCCCUUCCACCUCUAAUGACUCUAUGAUUAGAAGUUUUAUUUACUAGAGAUGCUGAAUUUCCACAAACCCUUCCUUCUGUCCCUUUGGUCAAUGUCUCAUCAGCUAGCUGAUGUUUGCUUCAUUAAGUAAGCAACACAAGAAAAAAUAUCUAUCUACCUAUCUAUAAUGAAAACAAUAAGCAGGAAAAGGUAGGAGCUGUUGAAGCCCUUCCCUUCUUCCUCAGAUGUCAGAAGAGCACUCACCCAGCACAGCCCUUUCUGGUGUUAAUGUACAAUGUUGUCUUUCUGUUCAGCUCACAGAGCAGCACUUGAAAUAUCAUAUCUACCCCUAAGAAGAACUGCUGCAAUUACUCACACAGUUGGAUAUGUAUUUUUUUUCCCCACAAAAAGUUGAGCAGGAAGUUAAAUAAGUCUCAUCUCUUCAGCAACAGUAUGGUAUGUGCUGAAUGUUUUUAAGAUAAGGAUGAGUGGAUGAAUCUAAAGAUGAAUCUGAAGUGUGUCCCCAACCUAAAAUUUGUUACACAGCAUUAUGAAAAAGGUGUUCAUGACCAGGAGACUGAAAAGCCGUGGUAAAACACCACGCUUCUCACCCAGCUCGCACAUUGUUUGCUCUAGCAGAAUACUUCCUACAACUGUGUCUUGCCAAAAUAAAAACAGAUUGCGGAGCACUAGAAAAAGUAUUUUGUUUUUAUUAUGGUGUUCACUGCUCUCAGAGCUGAAGCAAUAUAGCCUCAAACGCACCGGAAAAAUUUGUUUGCUCUACAUGCCCAGGCCAAAAUCUUUACUGCACCAUUAAGUUUAGAUGUGUACACGAACUGAAGAUGACCACUAGAUAAGGGACAAAAAAUAAACUCGGAGAGCAUUCUCCAGUUUCCCUAACAAGAACAAAUCAAAUCUUGUACAUGUGCCCAUAACAAAAUGAUUAUUCACAGAACUAAUAAAAGCAAGCCCCAUUCAGUCCUUUUCUUGUAUAAUUUGGCAUAGAAUUUUUUUUAACCAGCACUUAUUUUUGAAAGUUUCUCUCAACUACCCAACAGAAUCCCAACAUUGCCUGAAAAUGCCACAGAAGUCAGUAUUUAUAUUUACAGAUGAGAUGGACUUCCAAGAACUCGAGGAGGGCACUUACAAACGUGAUUGUUUCCAGCUUUGUAAAGGUCAAAAGCAGGAUCCUUGCAAUCCCCCAAAUUACUACAAUGUAGCCUCAAUUUCUCUAUAACUCACCUUAAAUUCCAGAGGUCUGAGAGAACAGAAAAUCAGGCUAUCAGGACUUGGCACAAUAGGUGAGAAAACAUCACCACAUUUCAAUUAGACACAGAAAGCAUUCAGUCUGCAUUCUCUUGCUACACUGUGGUUGUCCUCCUUUAUCAGGAAGUUACUUUCACAGAAAGGUUAUCAAAUUGAUGGAGAAGGGCUCUUCCUCUAGAAAACUAUUCUCAUGACUUGAGGAUAAGGAAAAAGUGAGUAUUCAACAGUGCCAAACAAAGUUCUCAGUAAUACAAACUAGACUUUAAAUCCAGGCAUCCCUGCAGAGAAGAGAUUUACAGAAAAAUAAAGUAUCUAAGUGAACAUCACCUUUCAGAUGUGAAGAGAGAAGCGCAGCAGCACAGAUUAUAAAUGUAAAUGAGGUCCAUGCGGGACAUGAGAGAUGACCACAUACAAACAGCUGAACACAAAAGGACUUGGUCGCGCUACAACGUGGAAGUUUCUUGUCGUUUGGUUGACAGCAAAGCAGCCACAGGGUGGGGGAAUAUAAGUCAGUACAAGCAAAGCAAAGCUAAAUCAGACCCAUACAUCAACAGCCAACACAAGAGCACAGCAAGAUUAAAUUGUCAAACAGACAGAAGUGUUAUAAAAGAUGCUUAAGACCUCACACACAGUUUCAAGUGCAUGAGCUGGCUCCAUACUUACGUGCAACCGUUCAGUGACCUGCUCACUUCGGUGUGGUCUUGCCAAAGUGCAUUCAUCUCUGGGAGCACCCCGUGCAGUUGUUCACUUGCACCAAUUGCACUCUCUCCAAACUUUCUUUUUAAACUUUCAAUUUAGAGCCGAAAACCAACGUGUCUGCAGUAGACAAUCCUUAAAUCUAAACUUUUCCUGUUUACACCAACAAAACUUGGAUUUAUUCACAGAUCAGAAAGCUGCUUGGCAGGUUUUUUUUUUGCAUGAACCUCAGGAAUAACUUGGGUUGCUUUUGCUUUAGCUUUUGUUUGCAGCACACUGAUACAUUUACUCAAAGCACAAUUUUCUAGAACCAAAGUGAAAACUGGGAAUAUCUUUACUCGAUUCCUUCAAAUUUCCUCAUCCUUUACACCAACUUCUGCUGUGCAGAAUCACACAGCAUCUGAGCAGUUUCAUGGCUUAUGGUUACAUUUGCCAUGGAACAAAUUAAAUACACAUACACACACACAGAUUUCUAUGUAUUGGGGUAGAAAAUAUCUAUUAAUAUUCAACAGAAUUACAAGGCCUUACAGAAGAAAGAAGCCUUGUAAAGCUAGGUUCUUAGCCUGUGAUGUGUUCAAAAAUUGAUAUCUAUUUCACAUGUACACUUUUUUUUUUUUUAAACUCCAUCUAAAUAACAGCAAAAUUCACACAGGCAGCAUAAGAAGCACAGAUGUUUUGGUCAAGUCCCACAACAGUUUGCACACAGGCUUGGAAAAAACAUAUGAAGAUUCAUUCGUUUGAGUUCGUACUUAAUCUCUCGUAAAAACCUGCUGAGGUCAAGAUUACAACACUUGCAUUUGCAUUUAUUUCUUUAUUCCCUAUUCCAUUUAACACGUUAAUGAUAAUCAGUUAAGUCUUUAUUUUGCUCAGGAUGAUCAGACAGCAGAUUUCAGAAGUGACACAGACUGUUUUGUCUGCAGUACAGCAGUAUUCACAGAAAUGGAGAUGCAAGAUGAAUUUGACACAUCGGAAUGACCUGCGGUGGAAGUGACACUUCCUACUCUCAGCAUUACACAAAAGCAGGUUAGUUAGCAGAUGGCAAUAUAAUUAGGAAAACAUAGUUUUAAACCAAAUGUUAAAAUUGACAAGUUGGGGCAUAUAGUAAAAUCCACAAACAAAUUUGAUCAAACAUCUUGGAUUUCUCAUGCUAAGAACACACAGCCUAAAAGAAUGCUGUUGCUUUUUCUCCCCCCCAGGCUGCUGAAAUCUAAACAGUGGAAGCACGAUUAGAAUUAGAAACGUGGUGUAGGUGCCAAUUAAAGGCGGUGCUAAGAACAAACAGAAGCCUUGAUUGACAUUUCAUUGAGCUGCAUGAGCCGCGGCCUUUCUCUUUGUAAAUAAACUUACGUGCAUGCUCCACUUCUAUACAAUAAAUACUUACAGAAAGUACAAACCCUUUCAUUUAUGGGAGGCAAUACAUAUCAGGGCAAAAAUAUCGCACAUAUAAGCAUUCUCAGAACUGGAGCUUGAGUCCAAGAACUCACACUACAUCAGAACAAGGCUUACAUCGCAGUUCAGCAGGACAUCAUGCGAGGUUUACACUGUAAAAGCAGAUCCAACAAACGCAUCCCAAGAACCGCUCUGCAGACCCAAAAGCCUAUGGCUUGUUCCUACACGUGCUCACUGCACAGCAACGCCGAGCGCUCAAACAUAUUUCUGCAAUGUCACCAAUGGAGGAUUCUGUCGGCACUUUUUUUCCUCCAGCUAAACAACUCCACUAUAAGUAAAAAUAACUAGAAAAAAAUCAGUAAAAAGAAUUAAAUUGAGGUAUUCACAAUACAACUACUUCUAUCUAAAACAUCUUACAAGUACAAUUUUCUAGAUCUAGCCUCAGAUCUUGACAGAACUUCAGCAGGAAAACUGAAUGAUCAAUUUGAAGCUGAAUUUUUAGACUUUAAACAAAUGUUCCCAGUAGGCAGAAUAAGACUCAUUUCAGCUGCACUUGGGAUGAAUUUACUAGAGCAACUUUAAAUAGCGAUCUUAGUGUUCUGUCACCCACAAAGAAGCCUACUUAGAGACUCUUGGCUUCCUGCAGCAAAGAACCACAUUCCCUGUAUAACACAUCCAUCACCAGGCUGUACCAGAAAAGAAGCCUUGCAAACCCUAUCCUUUUUAUAAAGAACACUUGCAUUUUCUUGGCAAAUCCUUCUCAAGAAAAUAUAAAGCGUAUCACACUGUUUUAGCAAUCCUUUAUUGAAGAUAACAAGUUGGUUAUGUUCACUGUAUUGUAUGAAACAUCACAAUAUCAUACUGGGAAAGUACUAUCAGUACAGGGUUGGACCAGAGCGGAUAGUCUGAACAAUAAACCAUUUUGCAUUCUUCAUUCCCUAUCUUUUAACAACCCCCAAAAAAACAGUAAAGGGACAAAUACCUGUUAACAUCGUCAUUUAGAACACUUUAACUUACAAAGCUAAAAUCUAAUGAAUAAAUAAAAUAUAUUGUGGCAAUAAUCUUCUCUAGACCCAAAAAAAAAAAAAAAGAUUUAAAAAAUCAGGUACACAGUGAAUCAAAAUGAUGGGGAAAGCUGGCCUUCGGCACUGCUAUGAAAGAGCAUGUGGUUUAUACAGACUCACCAUGGGGAUAAAGUUACAGAAAAAUACCAUGAAUUCCAUUUCACACAAAACCAGUUGAUGACUGUCAUUAGCUUAAAACUACACACAAGGGCAAUUACAUCCUCGCUGAAACACAGUUUAAACAAAUAGGAAAAUGUUUACAAGGCAUCCACAGCAUGUAAAUCAUAUACAGAUGGAUACAUUCAUUGUUUCCCCUCCCCAAUAGCUUUUACUUUAGAUAAAUACUUUACUCUUCCCCAUUUUCAGCAUUUACUGGACUCAUUACAUGCACAACUCAAAGAAGUCAGAAGAAAAAGUCAAGGUUAUUGCAAAAAUAGAAUUAAACUAAGAAUCUUCAAGUACCUUACAUGACAGCCACUCUGUACCAUGCCCAUUGCUUAUAAAAUGAAAGGUCAUUGAACCCAUGAAAAUAUCUCUAAUAUUUUCUUAAUUUAAAAUAGAUAAUUUUAAGUGUAUUUAUAGUAAUCUCAAAGUGAUAAUUUGAACUUUGAAAAUAAUGCAAACAAUUAAAAAUUAUACCCAUAUUACACAAGACUUCUGUCCGUAUCUUAAGCUGAAAAAAAAUCAAAAAACUAUAGAAAAACCACAUAUAGAACAAAAAAAUAAUCACAAUUUACAUUAUAAUAAAGGCAAAUUUUCAGCAUUUUUUUUUUU